GAGGAUCCGGUUACAACACACCGUGUAACAACAUAUGAUCCGGUAACAACACAACAAGUUUCAACAGAUGUUCCAACGGAUCUGGUAACAACACAACGAAUUACAACAGAUGAUCCGGCAACAACACGAGUUUCAACAGAUGGUCCACACGUGGUGAAUAUAGCUUGUCAAGAGGCAAUGGGCAUGGAAUCCUACGCAAUUCCGGAUAUCCAUAUUCAAGCAUCUAGUUCGAAGUCAUCAUCCCAAGGACCACAUCGUGCGCGGCUUCACAUGCCAAGCGAUGGUAAUGGCGAGGCGGGAUGGCGAGCAAACGAGAACAACCAAGAACAAUGGAUUCAAACUAACCUAGGUGGAGUAAAAAUUGUCACCGGUGUUAUCACGCAAGGAAUGGCCACCAAAAACAAAUUGGUUACUGCAUUUGAGAUCCUCAUAAGCAUGGAUGGUGAAAGUUGGAGAACUAUUUUAGACACUGAAGGAAAUUCACAGGUUUUCGAUGGCAAUUUAGAUGACGACACACCGGUGACAAACAUGUUGCCAAACGCUACAUUAGCACGCUACGUGCGACUGCACCCAACAAGUUGGAAUGGCGGCAUAGGAAUGCGAUUUGAGAUCCUCGGAUGCCAUAAGUCUUCGUGGGUAAAGAUUGGGCCAAAUAUUUACGGAAAUCUGCCAGAAAUGUAUAUGUGGAACGAAGCCAGUGGAGGUUGCGUAGUCCUAGAAACAAGAUUGCUUGACGGCAAUGAGUAUGACGCCUUUGCACACAUAAAUCCAGAAAACUGGACUGCAAUAUGGAUCAGUCACUCCUCAGAAUUUGAGCUGGUCUUCAAAGUAGUAACUGGGGCGACAUCAGAUAUGAUGGACCUUUAUACGACUGCGGAAUCCUUCAACGAUGGCCAGUUUGAAGCAAUGAGCCUAGAUCAAAGACAUACGCGUAAUUAUGUUAAUGAACUGCUAGGGCAUUGGGAUGACAGCAACAUACAAAAGGUGAAGGUAGCUCUUUACGAGGAUGGAAGUGAGGUCAUGCACAUGAUCUUUGACGGCGUUGGUUCAAAUCAUAUGAGCUUUUUCCAAAACCAGAACCUGAUAUCUUCACCAUGGAGUGACCUACCUUCUUCUCAAACAAACUUCUUUAGUAUUGAAGGACACGCAGAUGCUGCUAGGAGGUGGUAUAUCAACAAAUCCUACAAUGGAUGCGAUAAUGAUACAGGAUGGUUUCUUGUUAAACCAGGCAUACCCGCACCUUGUCCAUACGAAGAAUGCAUUGCUUACCCAUGCUUUACUUACAACAGUAUGGAAACUGUAGAUACCUGGAAAACUGGAGGUUUCCAGUUAGAUUUACAAGGUAAACCGGCUUCUCAAAGCAGUGUUGCUCAUGGCGGUCAGCCAGAGCGUGCUAUAGACGGAAACACAGACAGUGAGUAUUCAUCAGGAGGAAGCUGUAUACAUACAGCUAUUGAAAAUUUUAAUUGGUGGAAAGUUGACUUACAAGAGACACUGACUAUUACAAGAGUUCGGAUUUAUAACAGAGCUGAUUGUUGCACACACCGGAUGAUUGGAGGUGUAAUUCGCUUUGGAUUAAAUGAAGAUAUUACCUUGAAUGCUAUGUGUGCAGAGAUUGUCACAUCUGAAAAAGUCCAAAAUGGACCAGAAAUAAAUAUCGAUUGCGCUGGUUUAUUUGGCCGAUAUCUUAGCCUGUCGAUUGAUAACGGUGAAAGCCUUCAGAUAUGCGAAAUCCAAGUAUUUUCCUCCACAUUUAAAACAGUCAACGUCUUCGGUGUUUCUGUGCAACAUUCAGAUAUCACUCGGUUUUGUCGUAAGCUUGAUUUUCGUGAUGGUUUUUUGGAUGACAUCCCAUGCAAUCAACAAGUGUUACCAGCCAUUUGUAAAGUUGACCUUGACUGUGACGUCAUGAAUGGAUAUUGUAGUCACGCAUGCAUCAAUAACGUUAAUGGUGCAGUAUGUACUUGCCCAGAUCCUUUAAUACUAGGAGAUGAUGGAUUAACAUGUGCUGUUUUAAUUUAUGUUUGGUCAACCUCCAAUGAGAAUGCAUUUUAUCUGUGUUAAUAUACCAUAAAAUCUCGAAAAGAAGCUCCAGUUUGCCAACGAAAUCUCGAAAAGAAGCCCACCUCGAAUAGAAACCCAUGGGCUUUUAAUCAAGAUAAUACAGGCUUCUUCCGAGACAGUACAGUAAGUUUAAUUUUGUACUGACAUUAUUUUUUUGUUAUUAUGAGAGCGUGUCAGUAUCAAUAUUAUUUCAUUGUACUAGCAUGGUUAAAAUUGAAAAAAAAAAAAUUAAACAGAAUUUUGAAUGUUACAGUUGAAAACAGUCGUGUAGCAAAUCUAAAAUUUACAGUAUUCAUUUUGAAAAGAAGCCCAUCUUGCUCUAUGGUUCCUAAAAAAAAUACCAAAAUCCCAGGGCUUCUAUUCAAGGUUUGAUGGUAUAUAUGUUUGUAUAGCCAAUAUAUUAUUGUUAAAUAUUUUAAAUAAAGGAAUAUGCAUGCGUGUACAUAACUAUUCACAUGUUGCAUUUUCUUCUAUGGUGUUUUUUGACUACUAUUAUGAUAAAAAGAAAAAGUCAAGUCGUCGUCUUCCUGCUUUUCUUGAUAUUAUUUUUUUCAGUUGUGGUAAUCAGAGUUUAUGAGAGAAGAGAUUUUAAGAUUGUUUGGAGGGCUGCCAAAAUC